AUGCAAGCAACAUUGGUCGCAGUAUUGAUUUUCACCAUCGCUUCGAACUACCUGGAUGUGGUGCACUGUGACGGAGAUACCACGUCUGCAGCCACAGCCGGAUCAACCAAUAAACAACCAGCUGCAACAGUCACACGAAAAUCUGCGGCAGCACGCGGAAAACCAGAUACGGCUACCACCGUCAAGCAAACCGCACAAACCAAACCAUCGGGAAAAAAGCCGAAUCCAAUAAACCCAUCCAGAUCACCAGCACGUGGACGCAGUCCUAAUGCUCCAACACCUGCCAAAAAAUCCCAACCUCCACAACAAGACAAGAGAAAAUCAGUGAAGGCAUGAGGUGAAUGCACACAAUGUGUUCAAGGACAAUCUCUACACUUUUCAAUAUUUGUCCAGUGAUAAUUGAAUAAAAUGUUAGAUAUCAAACCUAGUACUUUGUUCUCGGUGGUUUGUCCACUUGCCUGUUUGUCUGAAUGCUGCUUUCAAAAAACAGCUUGUCAAUUUUCAACGAAUAUCGGUGCCUGUUUCGUACUGCCUUACACUAUAGGUGUAUAGUGAGUGCCAGCUCAUCUCGUCUGAAUGCCACUAGCUGGAUUUGAAUAAUGUUUCAAGACGACAUCAGUAACGGAAAGCAUUCUGUAUGCCACAUAUAGAAUAAUCUCUGAAUUUGUAAUCCCACCUGUACAAAAUAAUUCGGAACAUUAUUCCAUCGUUUGUUCUCACAUUUGUGUUCGUCUGACUCCAAAACCAACGGUCAACAUUGGACAGUUACUUCUACCACGUAUCUACUCAAUAAAUUUCUCGAUGCUUAUUUAUUCAUAGGCAACCAAUUAUCAUAAAUAACUCCAAUUAAGAUUCAUGAACAAUAUUCAUUACCAUCUGUUAUAGGGUGGAAAAUGUCG